AGCGACAUCAAGCAACACAAGGCCAUCACAUCUCCACCGCAUCUAUGGGUCACAGAAUCAUGGCUGCAUACAAAGCGAGGCUGUUGGAGUUCGACGCGUUACUGAAGGAGGAGGCGAUAGACGUGAGGCGCCUGCGGGACCUGUGCUUCAGCGGAGUGCCAGAUGAAGGAGGCCGGCGAGCAUUGUGCUGGAAGCUGCUGCUGCACUACCUGCCCCUUGACAGGUCACAGUGGAACGACACACUCAACAAGAAGAGGGCACAGUACAACCACUUUGUCGAGGAGAUGGUGGUUGAACCGGCCAGACUGAGCAAGAAUGGCAGUGGCAACAACCAUGUGGAGGAUCACCCACUCAACCCCAACCCUGAGUCACAAUGGGGAUCCUUCUUCAAAGACAAUGAGGUCCUCGCACAGAUUGAUAAGGAUGUCAGACGAUUGUGUCCUGACAUCAUGUUCUUCCAGCGAGGGACACAAUUUCCCUGUGAGGUGAUUGUGAACGACCCGGAGGUGGAGAGACUGCACCGGCGGGUGACUCACUCCUCCCUCACCGCCACAGCCGUCACCAGGAAGGGCCUCGGCAUCACCAAGCUAGAGGCAUCAAACAGGAGAAGUGCCCAGACUGAGGACUACCACCCUCUGCCGCCGGGCUCAGAAGCCCACUGGGAAGUGGUGGAGAGAAUCCUCUUCAUCUAUGCCAAGCUCAACCCCGGCCAGUCCUAUGUGCAGGGCAUGAAUGAGAUCAUCGGUCCUAUCUACUACACGUUUGCCAAUGAUCCAAACAUGGCUUUCAGAGAAAAUGCUGAGGCAGACUGCUUCUGGUGCUUCAUAUCCCUGAUGGGGGAGAUCCGUGACUUUUUCAUUCGCACGUUGGAUGACAGCGCGAGUGGUAUUGGCGCCAUGAUGGAGCGCCUCAUGUCCAACCUGCGGCACCAUGACCACCAGCUGUGGAACAGACUCAGGACACAGGAGCUCCGACCUCAAUUCUUCAGUUUCAGAUGGCUCACUCUGCUGCUGUCCCAGGAAUUUGACCUGCCUGACGUGAUACGGGUGUGGGACUCUCUGUUUGCUGAUGCAGAUCGCUUCAGUUACCUGAUCCAAGUCUGCACAGCAAUGAUGGUAUUGCAAAGAGAUGUAAUGCUGCAGAAUGAUUUUGGCUCCAAUAUGAAAAUUCUGCAGCACUACCCUCCGGUGGACGUCCAGGCACUGCUCAGCAAAGCCACCGAGCUGAAGGAAGGACAAGAACCUCUGAGUGAUCCUUCUCCUCCAGAGGACUCAAGUUGACCGAUGGAGGAAGACUGUGAGGGCAACAGGUAGUAUUACUGGUACCACAGACUACUAAGGAAUGGCGCGUGAUUUUGUUUGUUAUAUUGUUAUUGUCGUGUAUUCAGAGACUUGUUAUUCCUGGGCUGGUGGGUUCAGGGUGAGGGGUUUGUUUGAUUACCAGUGAGUUGGUGGCUGACAUGGAUGGGAACAUGGAAGCUGGCAGUGUUCUGUGGUGGUUCACUCCUUGCAAUGUAAUUUAGUCUAUCAUUGUUACUAAUUUAUUUUGAUGUAUUUCUUUAAUGACAAUUUGAAGGAACAUCAAAUUACUAGCAAGAUGUCACAAUGACUACAAAUAAAAUCAUAAUAUUUUAUAUGUUAUUAAAGAAAAUAUCUGCACAAAAUUAAUAACUUGAAUAAGUUUUUAAUUUUGAAUACUAAUUUUUGGUUCUUUUUUUGCUGUGAUCAGUAAGAAACUAAUACAUUUGAGUGAUUUUUUUUUAUAAGGGUAGGUAUCUUUCCUUCCCAUGGGCUGUGAUCAUUGCUUCCUCCCUCUCCCUGUAUCUCAAGAUCCUCUUGUUUUCUCAUCUCUCUUAGCUUUGACAUGCCCUCUUGUCCCUCUCAAUGCCCAACAAACAUUACCAGCCAAGAUUGUUAUGAUGGUCCCGAGGGAAUCUUGUUUAAAUUUAUUUUGUUAUGCUCCUCACUGCUUUUAUUCUUGCAAACUGCCCCAUUACCUGGCUGCCCUUCAUGCAUCCUGACAUUCACAAUCCAAGCACAAACUUUUAAACCUUAUCAUUGUUAAUGUUUGUGCCAUUAUCAUCAUUAUUAUAAUUGCCGUAUCAACUGAUGACAUUGGCAGUGUCUAAGCACACCCGUGAUGAGAAAACCCCUUGUAGAAAGCGGCUACCAAGACUUGUUGCUAUUUUGGGUGGGUUAGUGAGUUUAUUUGUCAUCAUUUUCCUUGUCUACUUAUCACUGGUGUACCACUAUUUGUGGUGUGUGUGUCACAAUCAUACAUAAUUAGAGUUACUUGUAAUUCUACAAACUAUGCUAGUGUUGUGAUUUUUGUACAAUUUUCUAUAAACUCAUCAAAAUGCAGUAUCAGAGGUUUGUGACCCAGUUUUUCAGGUUUCAGGAUUAAGAAAAGUUAGCCACAUCAAGGGUUAGUUGCUUCCAAAUUAGGAGUAUGUGAUAUAAUUAAUUAUUAAUGUACAUACACAGUCAAAUUUUACACUUCCUAUAUCCAGAGCUAUAUGUUUACUUUCUCCUUGACUUUGAGAUGGAUAUCAUCAUGAAAAACUUGGCUGACACAAGGUUACUGUACAACACACUUGGCUCUCUAAGGCAAUGUUUUAGUUGUUACAAGUCCAUGAUGAUUCAUUUUCUAGACAAUAAAUGGUUAGGUACCUAAUGAUGUCUAGACAACAUUCAAGCAACUUAUAUGAGCUGUUUUCUGAGUCUGUUCAUGACCAUGAACAUCACAGCAGUGGAUGGAAUAAGGAGAUGACUAUUUGUGGUCUUGAUGGGAUUCUUUUUUUAUGUCUAGCAUAAUGAAGGAUUAUAUUAAUAGGUAAAGAAAAUUAAAUACCACAAAACCAAAGAAAUGGGCCAACCUUUUUGAAGCAAGUUUUGUCUUUUACAACCUUAGAGAGUUUUGGAAUCUAAUAUAUUUGAAUACAUUUAAGUAACACUGUGUGUUGUACAAUGUAAUCUCAACAUUUAAAUUUUCCAAGCCAGUGACACAAAGAAUACUUGAAUGUUCAUUAUUUUAAACACUGAAUUUGACUGUGUAUGUAAGUUUGUGAUCGGUCUUCAGGUACGAACUAGCAAUAAAUCUAUUGAUUUUGUACAUGAGAAAAUGUUUCCUGUAGUUAUUUUUAAGCAUUUAUAUUUGUAGACAGAUAAAUCUAUAAUUUUUGUUACAAAAUGUUUCUGAAAUUUAAUGAAUAUAUAAAUAAUAGCUAUUACAUCAUGCACACUCAGCAUGCUGAUAGCUUUUUCCAGUCUUUCAUGUAUUCUCACUCAUUUUGCCUCUAUGUAUCAGUCAAGGCAGUAUGGGGCCAUGAUUCGGGUGACUCAUUGCUACACAUUAGUCUCACAACGAGGGAAUAUAACUUUGUAAGAGUGACUUAAGCAACUUUCAGGUUAUUAAAUCAAAGAGUUUUCAAGAUCAAGUAAGCCUUAACCAGCACACAUAAUAAAUCUUGCUCAAGUGUGAGGGUGAAGUAAUGAACAUUUCUGCAUCAAAAACUAUUGCAUACAUACCUUGGAUCCUCUAUACACUGUGAACUCCUGAAACAUCUUGUGGCUGCAGGUCUUCAGUACUGUCUGUGUCACAAAGACUGCAGUCUCUAAUUCUUUCUUGGUCAGUAUUUCUUCUUGACACAGCUACAAAUACUUCCUGUGAUUAAAAGAAAUCUUGUGUGAAUAGUGCAGGAAGAUUUCUUACAAAUUAACAUAAGUAUUGUACACAGCAGUAUGUAAUACAGAAAAAAAGUUGUACAAGUCAUCAGCUAGAUCAAUAACACAUGAUAAAAUACAAACCGGGUAACUUUCUGCUGCUCAAGUUAUUAAGGGAGAACCAAAUUUGACCAGUUUUCAUUUCAGGAAUGUAUACUUAUGUGCUAACUAAUCAAUGCAGUUAGGAAAUCUAUUUCAUAUAUUUGUUCAUCUCUAUAUCUUUAUAUCUGGCUGAGAAUCCCAUGCAGGGUGGCCUAGACAAACACAUCUACUUUACCUACUUGUAUUUAAUCCUCAUUCAUAAUAAAUCAUGUCUUUACAGAAACUGUGAGGGAGUUCACAGCAGAAAAAAAAGUAGGCUGGAUUAUAGGAGUUAAACAGCUCCAGCAGUUACGAUAUUACACAACCCUUAGAACUGUCAUUCCUUCAAGGCACACAUUCCUUUAACACAAGUGGUGAAACCCUUGUAAAAGGGAAGACUCCUUCCUCUUGCUGAAAUAUUUAGUUAAUAGUGAUGUUACAUUGUUACAAAUUGUGACAGAUAAUUUACUUUUUAUAAUUUCUUGUGAUUUUUCAUCGGAAGGCAAGUAAAUGUCUUUCAACAAGGACUUUUUCAGUACUGUGUGAAAGGAAUGCAGUAUCAUGAUGCAAGGAAGACAAUGUAAUGAAGGAAAUAUUUUGUGUAAUAAUAUGUACAAUACUUAACCAUAGCCCUCUUCACUCAUUCCCACCUUAUAAAGAUAGAAAAAAAGAAAAAAAAAUGGCCAUUGAUUGCGGUCAGUAUUUGCCAGCCAGUGGGAUCCACAUUAUAAGCAAUACUUGUGUACCUGUGACUAAGGACCACAUCAGGUGCUGCAGGUAUUAGGUCCACAUAUUAUAGCUCUCAAAGAUCUGCUGAAGCCAGUGCUGUGUGCUUCACUAUUACAUUGCCAGCACAAACUGUAUGGUCUCUCUUGAGUACCUACAUACACACACACACACACACACACACAAAAAAAAAAAAAAAAAAAGUAAAUUUUUGUCAUACAGACCAUGCAAGAUGUUCCUGCUAAGAGCUUUGACAAAUGCUCAUUUAUCUUAGGUCUGAAGUGAUUUAUUACUCAAAUAUUCAGAGACAGUGCAUUCAUAGCAUCAUAUGUUUUUUUUUUAUUUCACUAUGUUGUGAUCUGUAUUCAUGAUUCCUAUUUUUGUGAUGUGUAUUUAUGCUUUUCUUGGUGAGAGUGAGCCAGAAACUGGCAAGUGUUGUGUGGAGUUACUGAAUGUUAAACGUUCUACAUAUUAUGGAUCUAAUUAUGUACAAAAUAGUUCACAAAUAACUUUAAUGUAUGGGAUGGAUGGUUUUCUGGGACACCAACACUUUGCCACUCUGUCUGGCACACUCUCACUACAGUUGGGGUGAAAUAUUGACCCCUCAUCUGAUGCUUUGUUUACUGAGUUGUAUUACAUACAUGUAUUAGUAGAGGCUCAGUUUCAAAGGCUUUGACCAACCUCCCUUUUUUUUCCCAUGUUGAGAAAGCACUAGGAUCUUGUAAUUAAAUGUACAAGAAAUGAAGCAAAGUUCUUGUGAGAACAGAGUAUGCUUUGAGAGACCAAUUUUAAGUCCAAUUUAUAUAACAUACUGCAAACUGUAUAUUUUUUUAAGAUGGUGUAACUAGAACUGUUGUUUUAAAAUAAUUAACCUUUAAUACUGAAGUUUUAUAUGAUGUCCUCGGACAUAACACUAAGUCAUACUUAAAGUGUAGUACAGUACAGUAAUUUUUUUCCAUUAUGUACAUAAAAGGAAGGUACAGUAUGCUGAAACUCCUGUAUGUCAACUAGGAUGUUCUACUAGCUGGAAUAAUACCUUGUAAUGUCAUGAAAUGUUUGUCACAGCAUUAACUUGUUUUAAAUACAGUGUGUGUUAUGAAUUCUAAGUGAGUAGUGCAAAUCUACUACAAGAGUAGAGAAAUAGAUUAAUGUUACCAUGAACACCUUGUGUCAUAAUGUGUAUAAAUGCUCAUGUCAUGUUCUCAUGUGUAAAAGGAACACAGGAGUACUUAGCAUUGUUGACUAAUGCUGCAAUCAACAUGUGCUCAGAGCCUAUGGAUGUUGCAUGUGUGCUUAUAUUUAGGGCUGUGAUAACCAUACCUAGAGCAUAUCAACACAAGCGAUGCACACUUCAGAGUUCAAUUUGAAAGAAAAGUACGUAUUCUUGUUUAUUUUUCAUGACCUUCCAAAUAUCAUAAAUGACUGAUAAAGGUUGGCUGCUCUUUUCUCUUGUUCUUCUUGAUUCAUAUGUAAAUUAUACAAUGUACAUAGCUUGACUUGGCUUAUGUAUAGUAAUUCAUACCAUAAAGGGAGAGAGCAUUA